ACGAACUUUCGAUCGCGCAACACGGCGACCGGGUGUGUGGUUGGAAGCAGCACAAAAAAAAAUCAACCAUUCGACUAAACCACCAAAAGAACGCGGUGCAUCCAGUGCAACUGCAAGUGAGAUUACAAAACAGUUUGGAAUAGUGGUGAUAGAAUUUACAAGCAAAAACACACACACACACACACCCACCAGAAUGAACCCCAGCGGUAAGGGAUCCGGUCCGGAAGGAUUUCAAACGCAGCCAUUAAAUCAGCCACCCUACCCUGCACAGUCCCCGCCAUACCCGGGCCAAGCAACCAGUGGCUAUCCUCAUCCCACGGCCAACGUACCCAACUAUGCGCAUCCACCGCCUCCGCCACCGUACGACGCUAACUCGAACGUGAUCCCACCGGCACAGAAUGCGUCCACGACUUAUGUGCAGGUUGUAACCAGUCCACAAGUAGGGCCCGAUCCGGCCUCGAUGGUGUGUCCCUCCUGUACCAAGCACGUGAUCACCCGGCUGGAUUAUGAAACCUCUACCAAAACGCACAUCGCAGCCGGCCUGCUAUGCCUUUUCAUUUGUUGGCCAUGCUUCUGGAUUCCGUACGUGAUCGAUUCGUGCAAGAACGCUAAUCACUAUUGUCCGAACUGUGGAGCCUACAUUGGAACAUACCGUGGCUAGGUUUGUUCCUCCGCCGCCGUGUUGCCAUGUGUGAACAAACAGCACAACCCCAGUCAUCAAUCCUUCUGCAGAUGCGCACCACCGUCUCCCACGGGCGGCGGCCCAUGGUCUCCAAAAAACUAUUAUUAUGUUAAUCCUGCUACACACCGGCACCAGCGUGCCGAGUGCGCAAGUAUUGUGAUGUAAUUUCCCACCUUUCCCUUGCGUUUCCCUCUCAGUACCAGCACGCAAUCGAAAGAGGAUGAGAUGCGUCACCCGGAGUGUGAUGUAGUGAAGAUGGUGGAAGAGUUAACAAAACUUGAGGAAAAAAGAAAGUGCCUGCAACGAUAACGUAUUUGUAAGAGUAGGUCGGUAGGAAGGAUCAAACAAAACAAAGUGAAAACGGGAGAGCGAGAGCGUACGAUGGAACAGACGCAAUCGAGCAUAGCUUUGUCAAGACGACUGUUAUUAUUUUUUAUUAUUAUGUAUUGAAUAUUGUUCACUACGUCAUACGUAAAUUGCAUAAUAAACUUAUUGUACAAUAUCAACUCUACAAACACCGCC